GCCAUCAAUUCACCAACUGCUAACAAUCAAUUUUUUCCGCGCAGAAUGAUCAGAGGACCAUUGUGUGUAAAACCUCCACGAACUUUCAUACAAAUGGGAUAAAUUCCCUUCACCUCCAUCGUUUUCUUACUCACUAAUCGUCUGAUUUCUUCUCAAUUCAAUCAAUCAAUCCCCCCAAUUCAAUCAAUCUGGCAAAUUUAGGGGGAAUAAAUUAGCGGCCUCGCUUACCAUUUAAGCAAGCUCUACCCGUGGACCCAGACGACCAAGAGUGCCGGCCGUGGCGCAGAAAGAUCUUAUUUUUCUCGCCGCAAUCGAUAGCUAUGGCGUUUAAAUUCAGUUGGGUUUCGCUGUGGAAGAUUUCGCUACUUCUAUUGCUGAUUGGGUCUAUUUUAGUUGCUUGUUUUACUCUCCCUGUUGACAAGAUACUGAAAGAUUUCUUAGUAUGGAUAGAGCAAGAUCUUGGUCCUUGGGGUCCCCUAGUGCUCAUGGCAGAAUAUACGAGGCCUUUGAGUUGUUGGUGUGCUUUUGAAUCACGUUGUUCAUCUAGUAAAAUUAUGGAGUUGCAAAAGAUACCCAGAAAGCUCGAAUGUCAUAAGCUUCUGCUUUUGAAUCACGUUGUUUGCCAAAAUUCAUAUAUGGUCGAUUUGCUAUGCUUGCAGCGGUGUUGUCUAGUAAAAUGUCACAAGAGUUGCAAAGGCUGCGUUGGAAAAAGCAUUGGCUGAAACCGGGGAGUGUCUAGACGGAGAUACCAUGUCACCAUCGUUGCCCCUCACAUCGAAUCCUUCUGUCAAUCUCCACGAACCACUUAUAAUCAAGAUUGAUACUCAUCAAGACAACCACGAACACUAACUCAUCUCGUGUAAAUUCUCUCUACUCCUUGUUGUCAUUUGUAAUUACUCCCUCUAUGAGAUGCUCCAUAUUCAUCUGUACAGCUUUAGCUUUAGCUACAUCAAACUUCAUGGAUAUUCCAUGUCUACUUUUACCUUCA